UUCCAACUAAACAUUUCAGUCACAAAACAUUUUCGCUGCAUGUUGCUUUCCCGGCUAGUUAAAGCUUUAUAUAUUUUUAAUCAGUAAUCUGAAUGUGCUUGCCCAAGCCAGGGACAGAGAUCGCCCAGAGAACUUCAUCCGCAUGGCGUGCAAUUCGUGUCCCAAACCAGAUGAUCCUGAAUUUCCAGCAUGUCUGGAACGCCAUCCCGGCAUCUGCACCAAAAAGAAUCCGGGAAAUGUGCAAUCUUUGCAUUUGCUCGCCCAUCGUGUAAUGCCCAAGUUCUUCGAUGGCAUCGAGCUGGACUAUUACCACAGAUUGGCGCCGAAUAAAUAUAUAACGGCCGCCUGGGUUCUCAGUCAUGUGCGUGCCGCAGGCUUCCGAUUUGGCGGCAUCUACACAUUUCGCGUCCAGGAUGAUGUCAUGCUGACGCCCACCAUCAUUGGUGACAUACAUCCCACCUCGCUGGCCUCCAACUUGAAUAUUUUGUACUAUCCCUUCAAAAAUCUACGCAUGGAGGCUGUGAUGCAAAAGGCCAACGAGGAAACUCCCGUGGAGACGCAGUACACGGUGGAACUGACACGGCCCUGCGACACCUGGUCAGCCAAUUUCUAUAAUGUACGCCAGGAUAAUGGACGCGCCACCUUUUCAGUGAUGCGAGCCAUCACCUUGCAUUGGGCCAUUGGGGCGGAGCUGCUGCUGGAAUGGAAUGAGCCCAAGAAUCUAAUGACGGAUAUAGCCAUUGCAGCGCGCUAUUCGCAUCACCAUUAUUCGUUCGGGGCCACAGUCUCACGUCAGGGCCUCGAUGUUAGCUAUUGGCAGCGCAUACAUCCCCAGAUCCAAAUGGCCAACCUGCUAGCCUGGAACCGCAGCACUCGUAAGACGAUUGCCACCAUUUGCUAUCAAUGGAAUUUCUGGAGUUGCGCCGUGCACGGAAUGCUGGACUCAGACGCAUCGGUUGGCUUUAUGUGGACCAAGUAUCUGAGUAAUUUACCAAUACAAAUGGGCUUUAGCGUGGUCAUGAGUUUGCCAACAGAUCGUUUUGCUUUCGGCAUGCGUUUUGUAUUGGAUCCGAGCGGAUUGCGUCGAGGCGAUUAGUGUGUAAAUACUUAAUUUAUACCUUAAUUUUUACUAAAUUAACAAUUGAAUGUGCAGUUAAAUAAAUGUUACAAGUUCAGGCAUAUAAGUACAAAAACAAAAAAAUUAAAUAAAAUGUUAAGUUGUUGGCAAUAAACUCAAAAA